GGGACGGACUGACAGGUUAUUUAAGCGGAACCGGAAAUGACUAUUUAAUGACGCGCUCCACGCGACGGAAUUAACGCCUGCUAUAUAUGGGAGUUGUUACAUUACAGGAAUGCAGUGGUAGAUGUCAACAACUGUUGUUUUCUCUUAAACUAAAUAUAUAAAACGUGUCUUUGUGUAGGUAUCCAGGAAUUAAAUAGCUUUUGUGUGUAACGUUACUAUUUGGAGAAAGUAUUUAACAGCUAGCUUGCUUUAGCCUGUAGCCUGUGAUGCUGGUGUUUUCCAGUUUGUUAUACUGUAAUCUCAGAUGUAAUGCAGAUUAAUUCAAUAGUCCGGCUUUAAAAUACACACACUAAGGUUGUACGACAAAAGGUUGCGUUUAAGUCAAACUUGUUAAAUUAUAUAAAUUAAAAAAGAAGAAAACAAUAAAGUUAUCUGAAAUGAGAGUAUUGUUCACAGAAACUGAAGCAUAAUCACAGUGUCAAUGACAUUUGAACUCGAUUGUCAUUGGUGUGAAGUAUGCAAAGUUUAAAGCCACUUUUCACUUAUACUCGACUAGAUAACAUUUCAGGUUACAAUUCUUUGCAGGUUCAGAUUUGCAGUACAUAAUCUAUGAUUCAUACAUAAAAUAUGAUGAAGUUGUAUAGAUUAACCAGCCAAAGAAUAGUCUAGCUUCACUGUUGACUCUUUAAGUACAUUUUGCUGAUAUUACUUAAGCUAAAUCAAGUCAAAAACAGUAUUGUGUGUAGGAGAUCACUAUAGUGUUAUUGCUGAAACAUUCUUUUUACCCAAUUGUCAAAUCUACAAAUAUAGCUUUGAUAAAAGGCAGGUUCCUUUGAAGGGGAUCCUGUGUCUAUGACAUGUGGAGCCCCAACCAAGUGUUAGUGUUUGCACUAAUAGUAGCAUCCAGCUUCACACCUGUACAUGUUCUGGAGUUCUGCAAGACUACUGACCAGGACUGUGAUGGUGAUAGUCAUGACAAUAUGGCAUCCAACAACCAGCUGUACCUACAUACUGUCAAAUCCAGGUGGAACGUGAGUGUUUCCAACCUCAUAAAAGACCUGGAACAGUUCAAAGUGUCCAGCAAGAAGCUAAUAGAAGCAUUCCCGGUCGAUGAGGUUGAAGGCAACUUUGCUCGCUCUGUAAAGAACUGCAUAUUCUCCAGAUCCAUUCCAACCCCACUGAGAGGCCCAUUGAGACUGGCAGCAGCUUCUAAAGACGUCAUCGAGGGAAUUUUAGACUUGGAUGUGGCUCUGACCCACACCAAUGAUUUCCUGCAUUUUGCCAGUGGGGACAGACUGCUAUCAGGAUCUGUACCCCUCGCUCACAGAUAUGGAGGUCAUCAGUUUGGGUACUGGGCAGGUCAGCUUGGCGAUGGUCGAGCACAUUCCCUGGGUCAGUAUACCAACAGGAAAGGAGAAGUGUGGGAACUGCAGCUUAAAGGCUCUGGAAAGACACCUUAUUCAAGGUCAGGAGAUGGUCGAGCUGUGAUCCGUUCUUCUGUAAGGGAGUUCCUCUGCAGUGAAGCUAUGCAUUUCCUGGGUGUUCCAACCAGCAGAGCUGCUAGUCUGAUUGUAAGUGACCAGCCUGUAAUAAGAGAUCAAUUCUACAAUGGCAAUGUGAAGACAGAGAGAGGAGCUGUUGUUCUCCGGUUAGCCAAGUCAUGGUUUCGGAUUGGAUCUUUAGAAAUGUUGUCUCGAAGUGGAGAGAUAGAUCUCCUGAGAAAGCUGCUGAACUUUGUGAUUGAUGAGCAUUUUUCAUCUAUCAAUUCAGAUGACCCAGAUAAAUAUUUGGUGUUUUAUUCCACAGUUGUAAAUGAAACAGCCCAUCUGAUUGCCCAGUGGAUGUCUGUUGGUUUUGCUCACGGUGUGUGCAACACUGACAACUUCAGCCUCCUGUCCAUCACCAUCGACUACGGGCCGUUUGGCUUCAUGGAGUCGUACGACCCCAGUUUUGUCCCCAACACAUCUGAUGAUGAGGGCAGAUACAGCGUAGGCUCUCAGGCCAACGUCGGACUGUUCAACCUGGAGAAGCUCUUAAUGGCUCUGAGUCCUAUGCUCUCUAAACACCAGCAGAACCAGGCUCAAAUUAUAUUGAAAGGAUAUGCUGAUAUUUACCAGAUGAGGAUUCAUCAGCUAUUUAAAGCUAAACUGGGGCUUCUGGGUGAAGAGGAGGGUGAUGGCUACCUCAUUGCCUUCCUGCUUAAGAUGAUGGAGGACACUCAGUCAGACUUCACCAUGACCUUCAGGCAGCUCAGUGAAGUCUCAGCCCAACAGCUUCAAAACAGGAGCUUCCCACAGAUGUGGGCUCUUGAAGACUUGUCAUCACACAAGCUCUUCUCUGAUUGGCUCAGCGUGUACCUACUCCGACUCAGCAGACAAAAUGAUGUGGAGCGUCAACACAGGAUGAAAAAUGUCAAUCCUCGAUAUGUGCUGAGGAACUGGAUGGCAGAGUCGGCUAUAAGUAAAGCUGAGAUCAACGAUUUUUCUGAGGUGGAGCUGUUGUACCACAUCCUGUCGCUCCCCUUUGUUACGCAAGAGACUGCAGAGGAGGCGGGUUAUGCAGCAAGACCUCCGCUGUGGGCUAAAAGGUUAAAGGUCAGCUGUUCCUCUUGAGAGAUUAUUGGAUACAGCAAAAUCCCUGAAAGAGAAGAGAAUCACAGCAUAGUUGCGCUCUUUUGGUAUGAUUUAGUCAAUUCUUACAUGCAGGUGGAAAAGAUUUGUUCCCAAAUGUCAAGGUCAUGGCUGUUAAAUGUUUUUACUACAUACUUACAAAAAUAAAUAAAUUCAAAGAUGCUACAGUU